AUGACUCCUUCAACGGAUCAAGGACCGGAUCUCAAAAGAAAGCAAUUCUCAAACGGUCGAGGUCCUAAGAGACAAAAGGUUCAAAGGGAAAAGCCGGCGAAGGAUGGGUCAUCUGAGGAGGUUUUGAUAGCAGAUGUGCGAGCAUUAUUUGCGGCGCAAAAGAUCUCCAAUGCUUCUCAAGCUCCAAUCGAAAAUGGAGACACCGAUUCUGCGAAUAUCGAAAUUGGAGCAGAACAACAGAAACCAACGUCUGCUGAAGGUGGAGCACUUGUUGUGGCAGAUGCUACAUCAGAAGUGCCAUUACCGGAGCGAUUCUCAGAAAUCGAGGUGAAGGUUGUUGAAAUAUCAUCUACUGGAGACGGACUUGCGCUACACCCACCUACAAACCGAAUAUACGUUGUACCAUUCAGUGUACCUGGGGAUAUUGUAAGGGCAAAGGUCAUCACACAUUUUUCACGGGAAAAUUACUCUUUGGCAGACUUUGUUUCUGUGGUUGAACCAUCCCCUCUUCGAGACGAGAGCCGCGUGAACUGCAAAUACUUUAGCAAAUGUUCAGGGUGUCAAUUUCAAAUGUUGGAUUAUUCGACGCAAUUACAACAUAAGAAAUCGAUUGUUGAAAAGGCAUACAAGAACUUCUCACAUCUUCCCUCCGAACUCAUACCCGCCAUUCAAGAUACCAUUGGAAGUCCAUUACAAUAUGGAUAUCGCACAAAACUUACACCGCAUUUUGACGGACCUCCAGGUUACAGGAGUAGAUCGAAUAGAAGGAAUGAUACCAAAGCUGCCUUUGAAAACGUUCCAGAAAUUGGUUUCAUGCAGAAAGGGAAAAGGCAGACAUUGGAUAUUGAGGAUUGCCCAAUAGGAACAGAUACAGUAAGGAUGGGAAUGAAGCUCGAGAGAACAAGAGUUGCAGAUGAACUUCACAAAUACAAAAGAGGAGCCACAAUUUUGUUGCGAGAGAGCACGAAGAGAAUCUACAAAAAUGACCCGGAAUAUCAAGAUAUGGAAAUACCGCCGAACACCAUUAAAGUCGCAACUUCCGAACACACCGAUGUAAAAACCUGCAUCACGGAUAUGAAAGGCGAAUCAACAGAAUAUAUUGAUCAAUUUCUUUUCACGAGCAUUGCAGGGUCAUUCUUCCAAAACAACAAUUCUAUUCUUCCCAUUUUCACACAAUACAUUCGAGACCAUAUUUUACCACCCCCAGGAUCCUUUUCCCCAGACCUCCCCGAGAUACAAUACUUAAUCGAUGCUUACUCCGGAUCCGGACUCUUCACCAUCACCCUCUCAUCUCUUUUCAAAUCCUCCACCGGAAUCGAUAUCUCGGACGCCUCCAUCAUAUCCGCACGUCGAAAUGCCGAAUUAAACAAACUCGAUGCCUCACGCUGUAGUUUCAUGGCAGCCGAUGCACCGACACUUUUCCAAUCCGUCACAUAUCCUAAAGAUGAAACGGUGGUGGUUAUUGAUCCUCCAAGAAAAGGAUGUGAUGAGAGUUUCUUAAGUCAGUUGUUGAAAUUUGGUCCUAGGAGAGUCGUGUAUGUUAGUUGUAAUGUACAUACUCAAGCGAGGGAUGUGGGGGUUCUAGUUAAGGGGAGUGAGAAUGGGACCAGGUAUGUGAUUGAGAGUUUGAGGGGUUUUGAUUUCUUUCCUCAGACGGGUCAUGUGGAGGGAGUUGCGGUUCUUAGUAGAGUUGAUGGGGGUGGGGAAGGGAGGAAGGAUGGGGAGAAGGAUGAAGAAGUGAAAGGUGGAGAUGAGGAAAUGGUUGAGUUUAAGGAAGAACAUGUCGAGGAGGAACAAGUCAAGGAAGAACAUAUCGCGGUGCAAGUUAAGGAAGAACAAGUCAACGAAGAAGCACACGAGAAGAAAAUAGAAGAGUGA